UCUCGUUUUUGCAUUAGAACCUUAUCUCUCUAGGAUUUAUUGAGUCUCAUUGGGACUGAUCUGAUUAGGCAUUGAUCCUCAAUGUUCCUCAGAUUAUGAAUACACCACAUGGCAUAAUAAGUCUCUUCUUUCCCAUCCUUUCCGUGUUUUAGAAGCUAUUUACGAGUUUCUUUCUAGGCCAGAUAUAUACUCAACGGAUUAAGAUUUGAUUUGCUUUUAGUGCAGCGACAUUUUUGUUGUAGAUGUUAAGGUUCUAGGUGGUUCUGUUGGUUGUUGAUCGCGUGUUUUCCUUAAUGGUAACGUUAGCUGAGCACAUAACAAAGUUAGGAUUUAACUUCUGCUCCAUUUUUCUUUCAUUAUCUCGAUUGCAGGCUGCUUGAUUUUCUUUGCUUUGGCUUUUGGCAAAAAUGUUUAGGGAGCAUCUUAGACUGUGGGGGUUUUCAAGAUUAAGUUUACGAAGACACUGCUAGUUUUCUGUGUCUUUUGACUUCUUGAGUUCUUGGCAUGGUUCCUAAGAUAUGGUGUUCCAAAAGAGAUUAGAUUAUGGAUUUGAUGGGUAUCAGGUGCCUCCCGUUCCACGGUCUACCAGAUCAUCCCGGAAGAGGGGCAGUAACUGGAGGAAAGCUGAUGUCAAUCACAUAUGUGCGUUUGACUUAUUAGCUACAGUAGCUGGGAAUUUGCUGCUCGAGGGAGAAAACUCGCCUCAUUCUGCAAACACAUCUAGUGCUAGAGAGCAUUCGGCGUUUAUGAAAUAUUGUAUCAAGGAGGAAAAGCAGAACGAAGAGCAAACGAUGCAAGAAAAACCGUGUGAUCAAGGUAGCUCUGAACGGGGUUUCUUUCUUUCUGAGCUUGUCUCGCAAGCGCCCAUGUUAAGUAAUUGUUCGAGUGAACUCCCGCUCGCACAAAAUGAUACUUUGUCUGCACCUGCAUCUGUAAUAACUAGUUCAGACUGCUCGGAAAAGUUUGUCACUAUGGAACAUUUGGUUAACGGUGGAAACAAGCUCGAACUUGGGAGCUUAAAUAGGAAGGCGGAUCUGGACGUGUCUGGUUGCAAAGUCUUUUCUAAUCGUAAAUUAGGUUUUGAAUUUGGAAAACCAGGAAGCAAGGGCCUGGUGAAUGAUAAUAAAGCGGGUAUCUGCAUUUCAGGCUUCCCUGUCCUCGGGAAUAGAAAACCGUCUACUUUAGUUUGCUCAGACGAUAGUGUAAAGCUAACUCCGCCAAAGGACCAUAUUUCUUGUGUGUCUUUUCCCGUGAAGAGGGAUGAUGUAAAGUUAGGUAGUAGAGACGAUGACGAAAACUCUUCAGGGUGCACUCAACCUAGCACCGCAAGUAAGGUCUUCAGGCAAGCUCAACCGUAUAUCGAAGAUAGAAAGAGCGGGAAGCUAUCAGCACCUAAAUACCUGGAAGUGAAUCCGAAAUCAAAUGACGAGGAACAUCUAAAUGCUGAUGUGGAAACAAGGCAUGCUUUCGAUAAUAGUAAGAACAGUUUCAAGCACCAAAGGUCUCUCAAAGAUUACCCUUUCAAGAAAAGGAAGCUCUAUGAUUGUAGCUCAGUGUCCAUUUCUGAUGUAGGGAUAAGGAACGACGGGAUAUGUAGUCGCUACAAUGGAGAUGCUUCCAGUUAUACUCUAACAUUACCAUCAGCUCACCCAGUAGCCGGGACAUCAAGCUCUGCAGCAGGCGAAAGUGCGUCCUUUAGAUCCGGUGAUUCCCAGGUGAAGCUGAGAAUUAAGUCUUUCAGAAUUCCCGAGCUUUUUAUUGAGAUUCCAGAAACUGCAACUGUUGGUUCUUUAAAGAGGACAGUCAUGGAGGCGGUGACAACAAUACUUGGCGGUGGACUACGUGUUGGUGUACUCUUUCAGGGUAAGAAGGUUAGAGAUGAUAGCAAAACCUUACUACAAACUGGGAUUUGUCACGAUAACAAGCUCAAUGCUGUGGGUUUCACCCUCGAGCCCAAUCCUUCUCAAGAUCCCCCACCACCCAUGUGCCCUAAAGAGCACCCUUACCUACUUUCUCGUGACUCGCCUCAACCUCAACCUCAACCACUAUCAAGGUAUCCAUCUUCGCCCAGCGUGGUUCAUAAUGCAGUGCAACGGGGACCAAAUUCUGCUCUUCCUAAUCCUCGGGGAACCAGUGUGAUCAAUUUCUUCGAGAGUGACCACGAUUCAGCUCCAUCCCCUCCUGACAUCUUGUUGAAUAAAAGUGCAGCAGCAGAUUCAAGAGCACUGGUUGCAGUUCCCUCGGGGAAUGCAGAAGCCCUCUCUAUGGCACCGGCAAGGAAACCAAAGCGAUCCGAGACAGCACAACGAAGAAUUCGCCGCCCUUUCUCUGUUUCUGAAGUGGAAGCACUUGUUCAAGCUGUUGAGAAGCUUGGAACUGGAAGGUGGCGUGACGUUAAGAUGCGAGCCUUUGAUAACGCCAAACAUCGAACUUAUGUUGAUCUGAAGGACAAGUGGAAGACACUGGUGCAUACUGCAAGAAUAUCCCCUCAGCAAAGGAGAGGUGAACCGGUGCCACAGGAGCUACUGGACCGGGUUCUGGCUGCCCAUGCCUACUGGUCCCAACAGCAAACCAAGCAACAGAUGAAACACCACUCUGCAACUUGCUUUCUACUCUAGGAUUAAACAAGCUCGUUAUACAAGGUUUUCCUAGUGCAGUUUACUUCUCCUGUGAAUUUACAGGAGCGGGAUUUGUCCAGUAUACAUUUUCGGGUAUUCUUACUCGAAAAAGAGAGCUGGCUGCACUUGUGAAGAAAUAAAAGUAGAUAAACAUUUUUGAGAUUGUUGUUGUUGUUGUUGGUUUUUUUCUUUUUCUUCUCAUUUUUUUUUUCAUUAAUUCUUUUUGGUAUACACGA